GAGCUUAUCAGCAACGUCGUUCUUCAACAAUAAAAAAUAGCACUUGCAUUGCAAAAUGCAUCAGUUUAUAGAGCGCCGGCGAGCGGCAUCUAUUGCCCUUUUUGACUUUGGAGCACCAUCGCGCGACCUUUACGGAAUUCAAGUACAAUAAUAUAAGCUAAACCAGGAGCCAACAACAGCGUCAGGAAAUGUCGGUUACAAUUACGGAAGAAAUCUUUGGCCUGGCGAAGAAUCCCUUUACCAAUGCACCCGAAAUGGUGCGCCGCUUUACAAUGACCAAUCGGAACAAGUUGUCCGUUUCGGUCAUACAACUCGGCGCUAUCAUCCAGAGCGUACGUAUGCCGGAUGCUUAUAAUAAGAUUGAAGAUGUGUGUCUUGGUUUUGAUGACAUUGCCAGUUAUGUUAAUGCCAAAAAAGCGUACAUUGGCGGCACUCUGGGCCGUGUGGCAAAUCGUGUGGCCAAUGGUUCGUACUCUCUGGGGGAGACCAAGUUCGAGCUAACCAAGAACUUCAAGGACACGUAUCAGCUUCACGGAGGCUUUGUUGGCUUCGAUAGCGUUAUCUGGGAGGUGGCACGCAAAUCAGAUUUGGGUAUUACCUUUAGGCACAUAUCACCCGAUGGGCACGAGGGAUACCCGGGCAAUCUAACUGUCACAGUAACCUAUUGGCUGGACGAGCAGAACCAUCUGGGUAUACGCUACGAGGCGCUUACAGACAAAGUGACUCCCAUCAACUUGUCCAAUCAUGCCUACUUCAAUUUAGCUGGUCAUAAUGCAGGCGUCAAGGGGCUGACUGAGCAUACAGUGGAGAUUAUGUCCUCAAGGAUUAUCGAUACGGACGACGACCAAAUUCCUACCGGUAAAUUCUUAAAUGUAGAUGACACGGUCUUUGAUAUGCGCAUACCCGUCUUGCUGGGAGAUCGGCUCAAGCAGUUCGAUGAUCGUAAAAUCAAGGGAUAUGACAACUGCUUUGUUGUUAACGAGGGCAUGGACAAUGGCGUCAAUCUGAUUGGAAAGCUGAAGCAUCCACCCAGCGGCCGAACCAUGGAAAUUUAUUCCAAUCAGCCAGGUCUGCAGUUCUACACGGCAAACAAUUUGCCAGACGAGGCGAAUGGUGAUGCACCCAUGAUUGGUAAGGAAUGUUCACAUUAUUGCAAGCACGGCUCAUUUUGUGUGGAAACCGAAAAAUUUCCGGACGCUGUCAACCAUCAAUAUACCGAAUUCCCCUCGGUCUUUCUCAGCCCCACCGAAAAGUACAUGCAUGAAGUCAUGUUCAAGUUUGUCGUCGAGCAAUCCUGGAAUUGCUGUUGUAAUAAUAAAUAAAUUAAUAAAAGAGCUGACACUUUGAUAGAA